GGACUCGCUCGCGAAUCUUGAGCGUUAUCUGUGAGCGUUUAGAACGAAAGUUUAUAUUUGUACUUCGUCUUUGAACGUCCGCAAAACUCAAAACUCUUUCGCAUAUAUCGUCAUGGAGGAUAAGAGCGCAUCUGGUAAUGCCGCGGCUGCGGAAAACGCAGCCGCCGGUGCGCAAUCUGCGAAGAAGACGGCGAAAUCUAAAGCAGCGAAGGUACAGCGCCCCAAGUCGAAUCAUCCGCCGACCUCCGAGAUGGUCACAUCCGCCAUCAAGGAUCUGAAGGAUCGCAAGGGUUCGUCCGUGCAGGCUAUCAAGAAGUACAUCUCUUCGACUUACAAGAUCGACGGCGAAAAGUUUGCUCCCUUCAUUAAGAGAUACCUGCGGACGGCUGUCACGUCCGGUGCGGUGGUGCAGACCAAGGGAAAGGGUGCAUCGGGUUCGUUCAAGCUCUCUACCACCAAGGCCGCUCCGAAGAGCGGUAAGGUAAAGAAGCGUACCGUGCAGAAAUCGAGCGCUGACACCGGCAAGAAAGCUGCCGAGAAGAAAGUUAUCAAGAAAGCACCUGCCGCGAAAAAGGCAUCUGAUACCAAGAAGACAACGACCGAAAAGAAGUCUGCGACUGUGAAGAAGACCGCCAAGACAGCAGCGACGAAAAAGGUGGAAGCUGCGGCGAAACAGAAGGCUGCUGCCCAAAGCAAGAGUGUUUCCAGAACCAAGAAAGCUACCAAAGCUCCGGCCGCCAAAACCAAAACACCCAAGCCAAAAUCGACUAAAGCAGCUACCAAGAAAGCAGCAAAAAAAUAAUUUUCUGACUCUACUACUGAUACUAAACUGGCCCUUUUCAGGGCCCCAGCUAGUCAUAUGUUGGAACAUCUCGGUCUGGCGAUACUUUCAAAAUUUUGAAUCAAAAACCAUUCCAUUUUUCAUUAUUGUUGAAACAUUUUAUUGAUAUUUAAAAUUAUUUUAAAUGAUUACAUUGUUCAUAAGUCAUUUCAUGUUUUAUACAACAAUUUUUAGAUUAAAAUUAAAAUUUUUCCUAGUCAUUAAUUAGUAAUUUUCCGUUGAAUAAUUUUCUCUAAUAGGUGAAUAUAAUAUAUAUAAAUAUAAAGCGUACAAUUCAGUCAUUCUAAAUCUUGACAAAAUUACAAGGGACAGUAUCUUUAAAAAUUACACAUUUAAAAUUUCGAUAAAAAAAAUUUUGUAAGUUCGUAAAAAUUGAAUUUUGCUUUAAGCUCAUGUAGAAUAGACAUAAAGAAUAUCUAUUCAGAGAAUAGACAAAUGUUUAUGAUGAAAAUAAAGUAUUUAUAAUUUUACCGUUACAAAUGAUGAAAGUUGCAAAAAUAUCAGCACUCGAGCAUUUUUUUCUUAAAAAAAAGCGUAAUAAAAAGUAACUUUGCGAUUUUACAGCUUUGUUUUUCUAAAAUACGAAUACAAUUUUCUUCGGAUACGACUGAACUUUUAGAAUAUGUAAUUUUUUACGAGCAAUAUUAAGGUCAUGAAAAAGCCCGAGAGUAGUGGAAACAUUCACGUCAUUUUUCUAAUCACCAUAGUUGCCUAUCUUUCUCUUUUCUUAUUGAGAUCGAAUUUCUAUUAUACGUUCUAAAAACAUCCAUGGAGAAAUUAUUUGAUCGGCAUUAAAGAUUACGUGGCCCUUUACAUAGCUAGUUUAGGUUAGUUAACUCUUCAUUACUGAGAUCUUUCUAGUUAAUCGUCUUGUUGCCUUCAUGGAUGAGAGAUAAUAUCCACGAUCUAGGCAAAAAAUGUUCAGUUAAACCUGAACUAAACCACGUUGCAACUUAAUCAUGUUUUAUGUCAAUUAAUACGUCGUCUCGAUCCUCUCAUCAAUUUACUCAGUCUCUAGAACACUUUGUGUUCAAAAAAUUUUAGUGGGCAACGCUGUGACAUGAGACACGGACAACUAAAUAUUUUUAUAAAGUGAAAUGGUUUUUAAAAUAUCUUUGUUCAAUCUCUGUAUUGCUAAAAUUGGGCUGUAUAUAUAGCAUAUGUUUUAUGUAGCACACCUCAUGAUUAAAUAAUUCAUCGGUACGUCGGUAAAGUCGUUUCUUAUUUAUAUGUUAUCAAUAAUCAGUUGAUACGUACAGAUUUACAAAAAAAAAAAAGAAAAAAACACGUAAUGAUAAACAGGAAUUGUUUUUAUUCAAAUUGAUAUAAACGCAAAUAAAUGUCCAAAAACACGUGUGGCCCAGAUAUCUUUGAAUAACAAGCUUAUUACUGAUCACAAUAGAUGACGCGAGUGUCGCGCUGACAUCGUCUUCAACUUCUUUAUAAUUCGCAGAUUUUCCACGUUUCAGACGGUGCGCUGGCGACUUCCAAGUUGUAUCGGCAUGUUAGGUUGUGAAGAGGCAGUUGCCUUCGAUCGCGCAAACGCUCUCUGCUUGUAGCCCAAGAUAUCUUUAUCGGCGGAUAUCAAUGGAUCGACUGGAGAGCACCCGCCAUCUAGCAAGAAUAGUCAAGCGCAUCCCUCGGAAUGUACCGACGAUGAAAGAGCGAGCAUGAUCGGGGAGUGCUUCACCUUCGUAAAACCGGAUAGCUCGGAACACUCACGAGUACCUCGCUCCCACUCGUAUUUUUAUACUCGUGUGCUCGACCUCUUGACCGACGGAGGAUCAUAAUGCUAGAGCCGGUUCUGGGAACGUUGUCGGUCUGGUGGUUGGUGGUAUACGCCAACAUUUUGCUGCUGUUGUCGCCUUUGGUGUUGCUGAUGAUCGUCUUCCUCCCGAAUUUUCCAAUCUUGCUGCUGCGCCGCAUCUGUUACAUACCGAUCGAGUCGAUAUGACCGCGAUGAUGAAAUCGAUCGCCGAUCGAUUUAUCGGAUGUCACUUUAAGUGUGUGAUCGCAAACGCGGUUGAUGUUACGUUAUCUCGUUGCGACGCGAGGCGCGAGGCGUAAUCAAAAAGGUUUAUAUUUAUAACGUGUAUGUAUUGUACAUAGUAACUUUGCGUGCUACUCGAGAAUAAUCAAAAUGAAUGCUCGAGCAAUCGUAAAUUUUCAGCGGUUUCGAGAUUGAGAAUUCAGUUGCUCGCGUGUAGUUUCAAGUAUUUAUGUACUAUAUAGUCCGUUAUGAUUCAUGGCAAUGCGUUUAUAUCUUCAUUAUGAUGCUGCGAGUGUAGACUGAGCUGAAAGCUUGCUUUUGCAAUUACCAGAUAUAUUGACAUAAAACGUGUAUCACGAAGCGACCAAACGUUCGUCAAACAAAGAAUAAUGCGAGGCGUCGCACGAUCACCCGAGAAAGACUCGCUUCCUCGCGUAUAUAUACAUACGCUCAUGUUCAAGCACGUUGACUUACCAAGCUAUGCACGAUGAAUUCCAACGAGACGCUUUUCUUCUCGCGAGGACGACCGAUAUGCGCGUACGGUUUGGUAUUUUGGAUCUUAUGGUGCGAUUUAUAUAAAAUCUUUUCGUAAACGGUCUUACCGAGCGCGUCCGCAUCGUUCGUUCUUCCACACAUGUUAGUAGUCACAACGGCAAACGGGACACGUUUGUCAAACGAGAGAAAUCAGAGCUGUGCAACUUUUAAUUCCGAAUACGUACACACUAUAUGCGCAUCUGCUCGAAAGCUUUCCUAAAAGAAAUUCACUCUUAUCCAAAUAUCAUUAUUUCUUAAUAACGAUAUUAAUAAUUCGCGCUUGAAUAAUUAUUGUAAACAGCAUUGUACAAAUCUGCGAUAACACGACAUUACGUAAUAAAUUGGCAUCACACGCCGUGCAGUAAAAGAA